CUUUGCAACCUCAAAGAUAAUGGCAACACAAUUUCUGCAGGAGACGGACAAUUUAAAUAUAAGUGACCCCAAAGAAAUGAUGAGUUUAGCUAUAAAGUGGGUACAGAAGACAUUUCCAAAUGUGGAAUCAGUUACCACAGGGACAUUGCAAUGCUGGAUGGAAGAGAAGCCAGAGGAAUUAAUCAUUCUUGAUACCCGGAGUACAGCUGAAUUUGAAGUCAGCCAUCUGCCAGGGGCAAUACUCAUUGACCCUCAGAGUGAUACACUGCAAGAAUUUCUGCAGAAACAGCUCCUUCCAGAGAGUAAAAAUAAAAAAGUCAUUUGCUAUUGCACUGUGGGAUACAGGUCUUCCAUGAUUGCCCAGAGCAUGAAUGAGUUCUUGUCAAGUGAAGCCAGCCAAACCCCCAAAACUUCCCUGAAGGUUUAUAAUGCAGAAGGAGGACUGGUAAAAUGGGCCAGUGAAAGAAGGCUGAUGGUGGACAAGCAGGAGCAGCCCAUUCACCUCGUUCACCCCUACAGUGCAGUAUGGGCAAAACUACUGGAACCAGAGCUGCAAGCACAAAUCUAAAGCAUUUCUGCAAGUCUGAUCUUAACUGGGGCCUCUAGGUGAAAUACAAAUUAAUAAUAAGAAUAAGAAUUAAUGGGGACCCCAACCUCAACUGUGUCUUGUAGGCAUAACCAUAAUGCUACUAAUAAUAGAGGAUUACAAUAUAUAUUGUAGUUGUUUUAAUUGGUGGGCAGAACUGGCUAAAGAUACUAAGCCAGCUUUUCAGCUGUUCUAAAGUGGAGUAGGAACUGAAGUCAAUUCAGAUAUGACAAUUUACACCAGUUCGACUGAAAUCUAGAUUAACAAAGGGCACAGGACAAUACAGAAUCACUCUGAAGUCUGGUGAAAAGGGAGACGUCCUGGCAAGUGCUGGAAACAAGUCUGAAAGAGGUUAUUGUGCCCUAGCAUAAGAAAUGUAAUAAAGGCACAUCAGUCCUCCUCUUACGCCAAGAUGGAACAGAACACUUUAGCUUUAUGAACCUUUUCCUUCAGUCUCCAGGUCUGUCACUCUGGCACCUAUCAUAAGCAUCUUUUAAAAAAUAAUAUCUAAUAAAAAAUACAGAUAGAAUCCUGUGGUCCAAAUUGUGAUGAAUGGAAAAGCAAAGCACUACAUUUCUAGCAUCUCUUUUACUGUUUAAAUUUGUUGGUGCAGUCCUGUAUUCACCAGAUAGCUUGUCUAGAUGCAUCUAAUCUUUCUGGGAAUAACAGUUGGGCCAGUCACAGGUAAAGAGAAAGAGAGCGCCAGCUGGAAAUGCAUAGUAACCAGUAAAUAAAAUGCUAUGAUUAAGUGAGAUUAUUUCCUGCUAGUGAGUUAGGUUCUAAACAUAUAUAAGCUCACCCACAUACGAUGAAAAUAACUUUAAUUCUUGGUCCUUACAAAGGUGAUGCACAAAUAGUUACAGUUUCAUGGAGGCCUAAAUAAAUAUUUGGGAAGAAGCAUAAACCCGCUCGUUAACUGCAUACUAACCAACCUGUCGGUGCUUAUUAUUUGCUCAAUUGCUGUAUAAUCUUGACUGCAGCUCUGAAAUCCGUAGGAAGCAUUUCUAAAUAUACACACCUCUCAACUUGGUGACUGGACUUUUUAGGUGAGUGAAAAUAGCACAUCCCUGUUUGAACCUCUGUCUUUUCCUAGACCACUUUAUUUUAAAAAUAGCUGUUGACUUAUUUUAAAUAGUUGUAUAUGGAGUACUACAGCUAAGAGAAAUCUGAAACCGUUAUUAUCAUUUCUGAGGUGCCUGAUCUUGCAGUUUUA